GGUCUUCACAAGUAAAUUUGUAAUUAAUGAGUAUACCACCACCACCACCACCACCACCGCCGCCGUCACCACCAUCGGUAUUGUCUUCGGUCCCACCAUCCUCGGCAAUUAGCAGCCUCUUUGAAGAAAUUAGAAGCGCUGGCGACUCCAUUACCUCUCGACUACGUCAUGUGCCCGAGCAUAAAAAGGCUUACAUGUGGAAGGCGAAGCAUGGGGAGGUGGAUAUGGGUGCUCUGGAGCUGAGGAAGAUAAAAGCCGAGAUGCAGAAGCUCAAGGAGACUAAAAGCUCCGGCGCCAUGCAUCACAAAGCCGGGGAGCCCGUCUUGUUUUUGGAGAACAAUAAGCGCUGGCUGGUGAAAUCACACGCGGGUAACCCCGAGCAGCUGUUACACCUUUGUCUGGACGAUACGCAAAUGCAACACACGGUUUGCGUGCAGGACUGCCGUCAUGUGCACAUCGAGGUGAAGGGCAAGGUGAACUCUAUUUCCAUCACACGCUGUCAUAAGGUCCAGGUCGCGCUAUCAAGCAUCAUAUCCACCGUGGAGAUCCUGGGCUGCACGGACACCGAUGUACAGGUCGGAGAGUCGGCCCCGAGCGUGUCGAUUGAGGACAGCUCGACCGUCAAUAUCUACCUUCUCAGUCCAGAACAUUCUCGUAGGACGGAUAUCUUCUCGAGUCGUAUCUCCACGGUAAAUGUGUUAUUUCCAUCCCAAGAUGAUCCUGAGAACAUUGUGGAACGCCCGCUGCCUGAGCAAUUUGUCAGCAAGAUCUUCUUUGAUAAUAAAAAAAAAGAUGUCAUCGAAACAAUGCCUAAUAGACACUAAUAGCAAUAUUAUUUUUAUUUUUUGACUAUUGAAAAAAAGAUACGGUAUUUCCGUUUUGGAUAAAAUAAGCUUGAAAAUGUACUAUCCCUAUUUAUAGUAAGUUAUUUACUAGGAAUGUUUUUCAGAGCAAACAUUUUUUAUUUUUAGCUAUUUUGUAUUAUUUAAACAAUUCUUGACCUAACGUGUGCUCAGAUGGUCAUCUAUUGUUUAGAUGGUAUGAUAGUGUCUUUAUGGGUACAUUUCUGCUUCCGUAUGCUUUCUAAACUAAUAUUGAUAAAUAUUUACA